UGUUCACCUCUAAAAGCUGAUGUCUUCUGAAUGCUCAGAGGAGCACCAGGUGUUUCUCAUGUCCCAGCUGGUUUUCAGUUGUUUCCUUAUGAAACUUGUUAUUAAGAUGGCUGAAUGGCUGAUUUUUGGUUGGAGAUACCCUCUGCAAAGAAUUUUCUUCCAAUGUUGCAAUUUGUUUUUCCAGAUGUUGGUAAUUAAAGUGUAGUAAACUUUCCUUUCAGAUGGUCUCAUGGCAGAUAACAAGUCGCAGAAGAUCUGAGAUAACUGUUCAUUUUGGCACUCCAGCUGUAACCCAUGGCUUGGUCUUUCCCAAGUACAAGCUUACAGCAAGGAAAAAAAAAAUCAUUCUUUAGGCUUCUCAUUUUUAUACUGAUCUUUUUCUUAACAUGUAAACUUGAACCUUUUUUCUUUUUGAAUAUUGAGUAACAUAUUGUUAUACAUUAGGCAACACUCUUCUAAAAUAAAGUUUGACUGAAAACCAAGGGGGUGAACAACAUGAUAGGUACCCUGAAAUCUGGGGUAACGGGAGCCCUGCUGUGUUGCAGUUCUGCUGUGUUCACACGAGGCCCAUCCCUAAUGGACUCGUUUGAAAAUUAGGGCUCACUCCAGGUGGGAGCCCACUGAGAACCACAGGGUAUGUGCCACAUGGGUUUGAUCUUUGCCAGAUGGUAGUUUGCCAGUGCUGCAAGACAUGGUGAAGAAGUGCAGCUACUGCACAGGUUGAUCAAAUAUGCUGAAAGUUUUGGAGAGGAGGGAUGUGUGUGGAUGCAGGCUUUGGAAAACAACCAUAUAUUGAACACGAAGGCUCACUGCAAUAUUUUUUUUACCAACAGGGAAUAGAAGUCAGAUCCUGGCAAUGUGUCCGUUUGGAAAAAAAUGAAUAAGUCACGUUCUGUGGAAGACUGUCUCUUCAUCUCUGUCUGGAAAACAAACUCAUUUGCCAUCAAACCAUAGUCUAAAUAACCAAGACUUCAGAGAGUUUCUAGAAUAUGCCUAAAUAGUGGCUUGGUCUAGAGAAGUUUUGAUCAUUUGUCCUCAGCAGGAGCUCGCUGCCUCUUAGGGACCAGGCUAAAGGAGACUGGAGAAAAUGGGAUUUUUCUGAAUCUGCAAAGCAUGCCUGUCUUUGGGGUUGAGAUAACCCCUGCCAGGGAGGAACAUGGCUGUUGCUGGCAGCUUGGGCAAGCUGCUGCCUUCCCUCAAAGGCAGUGAGCUCUCCCGUCUGCACGUGGCUCAUCUGAGCCAGCUCCUGGUCUCCGUGCCGGUCCCUGGGGCAGAGGGGCCUGGAGCUGCCAUGACGACAGGCGACUGCUGCCACCUCCCCGGCUCCCUGUGCGACUGCCCGGGAAGUGCUGCCCUCUCCAAGUCGGUGGAGGACUCCGACAUCGGUCGCCCACAGUAUGUCACGCAGGUCACCGCCAAGGAUGGACGGCUCCUCUCGACGGUGAUCAAGGCGCUGGGCGCACAGAGUGACGGUCCCAUCUGUCGAAUCUGUCAUGAAGGUGGAAGUGGGGAGGGACUGCUUUCCCCGUGUGACUGCACAGGAACACUGGGCACCGUGCACAAGAGCUGCCUGGAAAAAUGGUUAUCCUCCUCCAACACAAGUUACUGUGAGCUCUGCCACACAGAAUUUGUUGUAGAGAGAAGACCGAGACCUUUGACAGAGUGGCUGAAGGAUCCUGGUCCCCGCAAUGAGAAGAGGACCCUUUUCUGUGACAUGGUGUGUUUCCUGUUCAUUACUCCCCUGGCGGCAAUCUCUGGCUGGUUGUGUCUGCGCGGAGCCCAGGAUCAUUUGCAGUUCAACAGCCGACUGGAGGCCAUUGGACUCAUAGCACUAACUAUAGCACUUUUCACAAUCUACGUCCUUUGGACGCUGGUUUCGUUCCGCUACCACUGCCAGCUGUACUCGGAGUGGCGAAGGACCAACCAGAAAGUCCGCUUGAUGAUCCCAGCCUCACGGAGCCCUCACCCUGUGCCCCACUCCCUCCUCUCCGCCAAGCUCAUGAAGAAGACCGCGGAUGAAACCACUGUCUGAGCCGUCCCUUGGCCGCUGCGCCACAUGGCUGCUGGGGUGAGGGCAGCCCUUCGCGGCUGGCAGAAGCAAAGAAGGUUGGGUGUCCCCUCAUGCGCAGGAAACAUGGCAACUGUGGAGGCACUAGAAAACAAUUGUCCCACCUGAAGGGACUUUGCAGUCAGCAUGUACUUUAUACUAUGGCAAACAGACAGAUAAUCAAUGUCUGUCAUGUGAAAUGGCCCAAAAGAGCCAGAUGGCAGAAUACGCCUGUCUGCAGGGACACUUUCCUAUAACUAAAUACCAUAUGUGGAAAAUAUCUCCCUCUCUCUAUAUAUAAUAUUAUUUUUUAAUGGCCAUGCAUAUUGUGUUUCAGUCCUUUUGUGUUGAUGUUCUAAGCUUCAGUAUAGAAGCUGGCAGCCUGAUCUCAUUCAGAGGUUAAAUCUAUGCCUUUUCUCCAAAUGAGCAUAUAAAGAACACUUUUCAUCGACCGUUCUUGAAAGUCCCCUUCUCCUUUGCACUAAAUUGGUUUUUGAUAAUACUGCAGCAGCCUUUCCCAUUACUCUUUGGUCUCUUUCGUGGUGUUUCUGUCCUUUCUAGAAAGUUGUGUGUUUUUAAUAAUUAUUAUAAUCCCAGAAGGAGUAAAAUGAUGUGAUACUGAAUGGAGACAUUUUGUAUUGUAAAGUACUGUAAUUUUGAGAAUUUCAAAAUAAGUUUCAAAAUGAGAAAAUCUUUUCCUGGGCAGACGUGAUCUCACAAAAUGCUUUCCUUGCAGAUCCUGGCUCAUCCCCAGGACUCAGAUGCACUCAGCUCUUGGUAUGUCUGGCAAAGGUAGAUGGAGGAUCUGAGGGCGGGAAGUGAUGGCUCGUACUAGCUAAACCCACCAUUGCCUUUUGCUUUUAAAAGAUUCAGAAAGGAGCUUUCCUGACCCCAAAAGGUGAGAGUUGGAGUCUCUGUUUGCUGAUGUCCUUUCACCAUCUUGAGGCUGGACCUCUUGUAGUAUCAGUUACACACAUACCUUAUGGGACAGGCCGUGCUCUGCAGCUGCUGGGCAGGACAUAGGUGGUCUCGGCUGUUCUCUGUGUGCUUUAUUUGCACAUUCCUGGGCAGCAGCUGGCGGAGCUGCUGUGAUUUGGUUCAUCUGAAAGUGCUGCGUGCCUGUUAUAUCACCUCUAGUGAAACACCCCAAGUUCGCUGGUUCACAGAGAACAGGCUCCGAGUCCCUUAUCCUGCGGGGCCAACAUUCCUCCUCUUCCUUCAUCCACCUGCUUUUCCAGCACACCCAGCUAAUGAGCUCCUCUGUCUUGGAGCGCCCAAUCUGCCAAGGGUAUCCCUGAGUUUGGCUUUAGUCCUUGCCUCUCUACUGCCUCCCCACCCUGCCAGAUGAUGCCUGUGCUUGGGGCUGUGCUUUCUUGAGCCCCAUGAGUGGGGCAGGCCAUAAGGAUGCUGGUGUUGGUGCUGCCCUGCUGGGUGCUCCAGCGGUGUGUGUGGCUGCUUGGCGUGACCCUUGGCUCUCACUCCUGCAAUGGUGAGGGUAGAUAGCAGGGAGGAGGCAGGCUCCAGGUUGCCUGAGUCCUUGCAGUGGGUGGUGGUAUCACACACUAUGUCCCUCCACUUCUUUGCUGAACCCAAGUGGAUCAGUCCAGUGCUCCGCUAGAUCGAGACCUGCAAUUUCUUGAAUUCAAAGCACCGCGUGCCAUUCUUCCUUCUCUCUAGCUGCAAAGCAGGAUGCUUUUCCUUAUGUGUUCCCUGUUCCUUGACCCUAGGCUGGAAGUAGCUGGUGGCAUGAGCAGCAGGGGCCAGUGUCCUAUCUCUCCCAAUAGGAUUGCUCCAGCCCUGUGGCCUGGUUUGCGUUUGCUCUUCUCCUCCAUCUCCUGUCUCGGAUUUCUCACGCAACUCGAUGAUAUCCCAGCACAUCUUGCAGCAGCCUGUCUCUGCCCAGCUGUGAGCCCCUGUGGGCUGGUCCAAGCUGGUCUCUGUUCUGAGCAUGAGGGUCUCGUUUGAUCACGGGGUGAAUAUCUUCUACAUAGCCAGGCUGUGCUCCUCUGCUCCCUUCCUGCCAGCUUCCCUGCUUGUCUCUUCCCUUCUGCCACGUACCCAUGGGCACCUUCCCUUUUCCCUGUUGUGCAGGGAUGACUUGUCCCCAGGUGCUCCUGGAGGCUUGUAGUGCAGAGAGGCCUCUUCAGCCUAGCUGCAGUUACGGUCCCUGCACAGCAGCAUCCUGCUUCAAAUCAGCUUGUGCAGUGGAGCUCCCAUGCAGGCGCUGCCUCCCUCCACACACCCCUUCCCUUGGCAGUGAGUGCUGCACCACUGCUCUGUGCCUUGUCCUGGGUACGCCUUUCUUCAGCCCUUCCCCAACAAACCUUGUAUCACCAGGACAUUCCCAGUGAAGAAAAAUUUGGGGAUUUGGUUUAACCUUCCCAGCCCUGGCUGCCUCCUAGGAGCUUGGUCUUGCACUGUGUCUAGUUCUGGCAGGUAACGAAGGAUGUGCACUCCCGCACCACGUUCCCCUAGUAAGGACUUAAUGGAGCCAGUGUUUUGGUUAGGAAACCCACUGUUGAUCCAAAUAUGCAACUGUGAAAGCCAGAAGUCCCUGGCUGGGGGCAACUGGGGCCCGGCCCUGUGCUGCUGCGCAGCCAUGGCUUCACUCUCAGCUUCGUUGUCUUUAUCGUAGUUGCCAAUAAUUGGAGUUGUCGCAUGUGCCCCUGCAAAACCCAAUAGCAACUCUUUGAGUUUUCUCCUCCUUCCCAGAGGAGAUGUUCAGCUCAUGGAUGUAGGAAAUCAGUGUCUCUGACCCGCCACGUUCCAGUGUCAUGGGGAAACGGGCUGUGCAAUUAUGUAAAUAAAAGUGAGACAAACUUGGGCUGUUGUGUUGUUACUGGAGAUGGGAGGGCCUGAAGAGGCCAGGCUACCUCCUUGAUAGUGA